AUGGGGCUGUCCAGCUGUGAUUGCUGGUUAUUGGCAGCCAUUGCUUCGCUGACCCUGAACGAGAAGGUCCUUCAUCGAGUUGUACCUCACGGACAGAGCUUUCAGGAGGAGUAUACAGGCAUUUUCCACUUUCAGUUCUGGCAGUUUGGGGACUGGGUAGAUGUGGUGAUCGAUGACCGACUACCCAGUAAAGAUGGAGAGCUGGUGUUUGUCCACUCGGCCGAGAACAAUGAGUUCUGGAGCGCACUGUUGGAGAAGGCCUAUGCCAAGUUGAAUGGUUCCUACGAAGCCCUGUCGGGGGGCAGUACCACUGAGGGGUUUGAGGAUUUUACGGGGGGUGUGGCAGAGAUGUACGAACUUCGGAAUGCUCCGCGGGAUCUCUACACCGUCAUCAGGAAGGCGCUGGAUAGAGGCUCCCUGCUCGGCUGUUCCAUCGACGUGAGGGCCAUGGGAGAGGGCGUAGGGAUGGCGUUCUCUGAAUUCCUGCGGCAGUUUUCUCGGCUGGAGAUCUGUAACCUGACACCGGAUACUCUGGAGGAUGAGGUGAUGAAGAAGUGGAACAUGGCUGUGUUUAAUGGCUCUUGGCGUCGAGGGAGCACUGCAGGAGGCUGCCGGAACCAUCCUGCUACGUUCUGGAUCAAUCCGCAGUUUAAAAUUAAGUUGGAGGAAGAGGAUGAUGAUCCUGACGAUAAUGAGCUUGCUUGCAGCUUCCUGUGUGCUCUGAUGCAGAAAGACCGCCGUAGAUACCGUCGCCAUGGGCAGGACAUGCACACCAUCGGCUUCGCCAUCUACGAGGUUCCAGAAGAGGUGGGUGAAUCUGAAUCAUCGAUAGCGUCACCAUCUGAAACAGAGACUAGGAGCAGGAGGAGGCCAUUCAGAUGUUUGAACCUACUCCGUUAUUCAAUAUGAUCAUGGCUGGUCAUC